GUAUAAAGCGAGCGCGCGGCGUCGGGGCGGGAGGCUCGAGGCCAGCCCGGGACCAGGGGCUGGGAGCUAGCAGGCGGCGGCGCCGGCGGCAGAGGCGGCAGCGAGCGCCCGCUUCCCACGCCCCCAGGCGGCGGGGCCAAGAGCGGGAGGAUGGCUCCGAGCGCUGACCCCGGCAUGUCCAGGAUGUUACUGUUCCUGCUGCUGCUCUCGUUUCUGCCCAUCACUGAGGGGUCCCAGCGGGCUGAACCCAUGUUCACUGCAGUCACCAACUCAGUUCUGCCCCCUGACUAUGACAGUAAUCCCACCCAGCUCAACUAUGGUGUGGCAGUUACUGAUGUGGACCAUGAUGGGGACUUUGAGAUCGUCGUGGCGGGGUACAAUGGGCCCAACCUGGUUCUGAAGUAUGACCGGGCCCAGAAGCGGCUGGUGAACAUUGCAGUUGAUGAGCGCAGCUCACCCUACUACGCGCUGCGGGACCGGCAGGGGAACGCUAUCGGGGUCACAGCCUGCGACAUCGACGGGGACGGCCGGGAGGAGAUCUACUUCCUCAACACCAAUAAUGCCUUCUCGGGGGUGGCCACGUACACCGACAAGUUGUUCAAGUUUCGCAAUAACCGAUGGGAAGACAUCCUGAGCGAUGAGGUCAACGUGGCCCGUGGUGUGGCCAGCCUCUUUGCCGGACGCUCUGUGGCCUGUGUGGACAGAAAGGGCUCUGGACGCUACUCUAUCUACAUUGCCAAUUACGCCUACGGUAAUGUGGGCCCUGAUGCCCUCAUUGAAAUGGACCCUGAGGCCAGUGACCUCUCCCGGGGCAUUCUGGCACUCAGAGAUGUGGCUGCUGAGGCUGGGGUCAGCAAAUAUACAGGGGGCCGAGGCGUCAGCGUGGGCCCCAUCCUCAGCAGCAGUGCCUCGGAUAUCUUCUGCGACAAUGAGAAUGGGCCUAACUUCCUUUUCCACAACCGGGGCGAUGGCACCUUUGUGGACGCUGCAGCCAGUGCUGGUGUGGACGACCCCCACCAGCAUGGGCGAGGUGUCGCCCUGGCUGACUUCAACCGUGAUGGCAAAGUGGAUAUUGUCUAUGGCAACUGGAAUGGCCCCCACCGCCUCUAUCUGCAGAUGAGCGCCCAUGGGAAGGUCCGCUUCCGGGACAUCGCCUCGCCCAAGUUCUCCAUGCCUUCCCCUGUCCGCACGGUCAUCACCGCCGACUUUGACAAUGACCAAGAGCUGGAGAUCUUCUUCAACAACAUCGCCUACCGCAGCUCCUCAGCCAACCGCCUCUUCCGCGUCAUCCGUAGGGAGCACGGAGACCCCCUCAUCGAGGAGCUCAAUCCCGGCGACGCCUUGGAGCCUGAGGGCCGGGGCACAGGGGGUGUGGUGACCGACUUCGACGGAGAUGGGAUGCUGGACCUCAUCUUGUCCCAUGGAGAGUCCAUGGCUCAGCCGCUGUCUGUCUUCCGGGGCAAUCAGGGCUUCAACAACAACUGGCUGCGAGUGGUGCCACGCACCCGGUUUGGGGCCUUUGCCAGGGGGGCUAAGGUCGUGCUCUAUACCAAGAAGAGUGGGGCCCACCUGAGGAUCAUCGACGGGGGCUCAGGCUACCUGUGUGAGAUGGAGCCCGUGGCACACUUUGGCCUGGGGAAGGAUGAAGCCAGCAGUGUGGAGGUGACGUGGCCAGAUGGCAAGAUGGUGAGCCGGAACGUGGCCAGCAGCGAGAUGAACUCGGUGCUGGAGAUCCUCUACCCCCGGGAUGAGGACACACUUCAGGACCCAGCUCCACUGGAGUGCGGCCAAGGAUUCUCCCAGCAGGAAAAUGGCCAUUGCAUGGACACCAAUGAAUGCAUCCAGUUCCCAUUCGUGUGCCCUCGAGACAAGCCCGUAUGUGUCAACACCUAUGGAAGCUACAGGUGCCGGACCAACAAGAGGUGCAGUCGGGGCUACGAGCCCAACGAGGAUGGCACAGCCUGUGUGGCUCAAGUGGCCUUUUUAGGUGGGUAUUCUUCCGCCGCCUUUAGAAUCUCUGAGCCUCUCUCUUGGGCCUCGUAUCUUUCUCUAGGCCUUGGACUUUGCCUUCAGUUAUAUGCACUUUAAAUCCCAUCAAUAAAGGAAAAAACAAAACAAAACUAACAGCCUUUGUGGAAAACUAAAUCUCCUGCUGCCUGUCUCUCUCUCCACGCCCAGUAGAUUCUGCUGUGUGCUCCCUCUGAAUGGACAACAGGGGUGGCCAUCUUUGAAAAGGGAAGGUUGGGUGAUACUGACACAACCUUAGUUGUUUAUGAAGACUUUCUUUGCAUGUUUUCUGAGAAAACAGAAAGGAAAGUCUCCCCAAUACCCCAUCCAGUCUCACUCAUUCCUUCAGAAGAAUCAAGAUAGUCUUGUAUCCUCCAGUGUCUCAUGAGCUCAUUAUUUUGCCCUUAACAAAGAUGGCUCCCAGGCGGUUGCUUGCUAGUUGAUCCGAUAAUGUACCAUGUGCCUGCUGGUUUGGCCUGUGCUGUUUCUGCUUUUUGCCCCUGACUUCCUAUGCUACAGAAAGCCUUAUUGGUGUUGGUGGUGGUGAUGGGAGGGAAAAGGGUGGUCCUUUGGGACUCUUGAUAAAAAUGUUAUCAUUUGAACUUGCCAAGCCUUCCAGCCUCUUUUCUGAAGAAAUUAUGCCAAUAAACUCUCUACUAGAUAUUAGUGCCAAGCUGAUGAUAAAAA